AUGAGUGUUUUUGUAGAGGGAUAUAAAUCUUCUGUCGUACUUGAACAACUUCAAAGUGUCAUUAGUCAAAAUGAACCAUUAAAGAAGCAAACCAUUAAAGAUGCAAUUUUUGAAAUUGUUGUAAAGAAUGCUGAAGGUAAAGAACAAAUUUGGACUUUGGAUUUUAAAAACGAAGGAACUGUUAUAGCUGGCAAAGGUUCAGCAAAACCUGAUAUUACUAUCAGUUUGUCGGACGAUACCUUUGUUGAUUUAUCAUCAGGAAAAUUAAAUGGUCAAAAAGCUUUUUUGGGUGGUAAACUUAAGAUUAAGGGUAAUAUGAUGUUGGCUACUAAACUAGAUAAAGUAUUAGCCAGUGUUAAACCUAAAGCUAAAUUAUAA